UCGAUUGGUCGAAAGUAGACCUACACAUCCCUAUUUUUACCGCACGUGUUUGGUUUGAUUUGUCGGUGCAGUGCAUGCUGGAAAGUAAAUUUUUGAAGUAAAUCUAAUUUCUGUGCCCUAUUAAACCCCUAAUUCCCAAAAUGUCAGACAAAUAUGCCGUGCCGAAUAAAUUGCCUGGCAAAACCGUAUCGGUUUUGGCCCAUCGCAAACGACGUAUUUUGCAGGAUAAGGCCACUUUGGAACAAAAGAAAAAGUUGAAAACCCAACGUGUAGCCAAAGCGAAGCAACAUCACAAAUUCCGUAGAGCUGAAUCGUUUGUUAUGAAUUACCUGAAAGCAGAACGUACCUCGAAUCGUAUCAAACACACACUGCGCACCACGAACAUUUGUGACACCAACGAUUCGACAAAAGUCAAUCAGAAACUGUUGCUGGUUAUGAGACACGCUGGCAAGAAGAUUUUCGAUGAGACAACCAACAAAAUUAUGAAAACAUUGGGUUUGACAAAUCGCCAUCAUACCGUCUUCUUGGAGAAUAGUAAAGAAAAUCAAAUUUUGUUGAAAGUUAUUGAACCAUUUGUGGUGUAUGGUUUCCCAAACAUUGCUACGAUACGUGAUUUGGUGUUUAAGAAAGGAUUCGCCACAAUCAAUGGCAAAAAGACUCCGAUUCAAUCGAAUACCAUGAUUGAAGAGCAAUUGGGUGAUAAGGGUAUCAUUUGUCUGGAAGAUAUUAUCCAUGAGAUAUUCACGGUGGGACCAAACUUCAAUGCUGUCAAAGAUUUCCUGUGUUCAUUUUUGUUAUCAAGUCCCCGCGAUGGCUGGAAAAAUAAGGUAUCGGUUGCAUACAAACGCGGCGGCGAGUAUGGAGAUCGUGGUAAUGCUAUCAAUGAGUUGAUACAACGUUGUAUAUAAGAAAUUCAAAGCUUUUCUUUUAUUUUAUAUUUGGAUUUGAUUUUAUAUAAAUAAAUUUUUAGCGUUUAAGUGUCUCUUAUAUAAAAGAAAAAAAGUAUGUAGUUAUUUUAAUAAUGAAAAAGAAAAAACAAUUAAAAUAAUUUUAAAACAAAACACAA